CUCCAGUAAAGGAAGAGGCCAGGGCUGGGAGAGCUGCAGCUGUGUAAUCUGUAGAUGUUGGGUUGUGUGAAUGUGAGAGUGAAUGUUUUAUGUUGUGAUAAGUCCUAGUAUCAGUCUUUCUGAUGGCUACACCCAAGCUUCUGUGUAUCCCAGUCCUGUCCUUACUUGCCCUGCUAGUUGCCUAUUGGUACAGGCAAGUGGACGAGAAAAGCCUGCACAGCCGGUUGGACACUGUCCUAUCAUCACUUCUCAGAGCUGAGCAAAAAGUUGGUUUGGACUCGCAUCGCCCCCCACGCAUAGCAAUUGGUUUUGGAGGCUGUCUGGAUAUAAUAGUAGAUGGAGUGUCACUCCUGCAUGAGGCCGGCAUUAAACCCAGCUACAACCCUGUUCAUCACAACUUUAUUGAGACAGAGACCCAACUGGCGGAGAGCUUUGCCUACUUCUUCCCGCCGGGCGCAGCUUCAGAGAGAUAUGUAUCGAAUGAGACUUUAUUCCGAAAGCUUGUGGAUACCUCCAAAAGCCUCUCUGAAAUGCGCUGGGCUCUUGGAGGAAAUGCGCCAGUCAUGGCCAACCGCUUAGCAGCAGAGGGAUGCGAUGUCUUACUUGGGGGGCGUCUCAGUACUGAGGAAGUUAGUGUUCUUUCUGAUCGUAUCACAAUUGCUGGUGAGCCAAUAGAGGAUGCAGAUGUACACUUAAUUAUGGAGUACCCAACUGGAGCCAAAUGGGGAGAGCACAUGUCCCGGAGAGCUAACAGAUAUAUUGUGCACAGUGAUUCUCACAAUCCUAUGAUUGAUUCCCUGGAAGACUUUAAGUCUCAGCUGGAGAGCUUCAACCCAGAUCUGCUUGUUGUAGGUGGGCUUCAGAUGAUGGACAGUUUCCCUUUCAAACCAGGUCAGCGCGAAGCUAGAUUGAAGGUGCUUCAGGAGCUUCUGUCAUCGAUGGACCCAAAUAAAGGCGCCCACUUUGAGAUGGCCUCAUUUGUUGAGCAAAGCCUAUUGAAAGACCUGCUGGAAUACAUAAUACCAUACUCUGAUUCCCUUGGUAUGAAUGAACAAGAGCUUCCCAACUUACUUAGUUUGAUCAAGGGAGGAAACAUCACGGUCCUAUCAGACCCUUAUCCUCGUGUGGCAUCCAUACUGGACCAAAUGAGAGAGCUGUAUCGGCUUCUUAGAUCUUGGGAUAUUAAGGAGGGCCAGCGACGUUUAACUCGGCUGCAUGUUCACACCUUAGCCUUCCAAGUCAUGAUGGUGACCAAAGGAUCCAUGUGGAAAAACACUAUGUCUGCCACUGCAAAGGCAUCCUUGACCGCCAAUCGUCAUGUGUGUGGCUCAUCUCAGAUUGACACAAGGAAGGCCAAACUAAUUAUGGAUGAUUCAUUCUCUGUAAGCCGUGAAGUAGGCAGUCAUAGAAUUUCUUUUAGCGAAUCACGACCUGUGUCUUGUUGGGAAGAAGAUAACUAUGAGAUAUGCCUAGCACCUGUGUUAGUCUGUACUGAGGUAUUUCAGACAGCGGGUGGUGGAGAUAACAUCUCUGCUGCAGGACUUGUAUUGCAGAUUUGAUAAGAUAGCUCUUGAAAUUUGUUGGUCAACACUCCUUUCGUGUAGAACAAUUUUACAGACAGUCCUAAGAAGCUGGUGGUUUUGAAAGUAGAGAAGAGAAUUAGAAAAAAUCUUGUUUAAAGAGUGAUCUGAGCCAUUACCUUGAUUUUUUUUUAAAACAAUGUGAAAUAGGUUCUGCUCCAACAGAACUUUAAUAUUUUAUGUAAUCUGCAUUCUGGAAAUCUCAGCUUGUUCUCCUGAGUUAAAACAUUCCAUUUAUGUUUCAUUUCU